GAGCCAAAGCCCAUAUCCAGAACUUGGGUCGGGCCACCCACGAACCCACCUACCCACAGAUCCAUCCAGCUCCACGCCCUAACCCUACCCGCAUUCCCCUCUCCGCCGCUGCUGCCGCUCCCGUCGGCUCGCCGGCGUCGAUCUCCCGCUCCCUGACUCUCCCCCUGAUUCCGAGUUCCCAACUUGCUCGCGCUCCCGUUUCCGGCGAAAUUUGAGCUUCCGGUGAGCACUACAGCUAUGGAACACGACGAGCAUGACAGCGACGACGAUGUGCCGCCCGGGCUGGAUUCUGAUGGAGAUGCAUCCAGGUUCAGGAAGAAGAGAUCCAAGGUGUGGGAAGAGUACACGCCUGUAUAUGUAAACGGAGUGAUCCAGAGCGCAGAAUGCCGCUACUGCCGUACGCUCAUGAGUUGCAAAGGUGCUGAGGGACGCUCCAACGGAACGAGCCAUUUGUGGCGACAUCAUAAGAACUGUCGAGCAAAAGGAGGAGUUGAUCCGAGCGAGCUACAAGAUACAGACUUUCCAUAUGUAGGCGUGAAUGACAUUGAUCCGGUGAACAUGGUUCUUCCAGAGUCACUUGAUGACAUAAACUUGGUAAAUGUUAGUGAGAACAGCAGAUACAAAUCAAAGGUAUGGAUGGACUUCACGCCUGUCUAUGUUGAGGGGAGAAUCCAGGGUGCUGACUGUAUCCAUUGCCACAAGAGAUUUAGUGCAGAAGGUAGAAGUCAUUUGAACCGACACACCCAGUCUUGCUCAGCACGGGUUGGAACUAGUGCAAAUCAUCAGGACAGUUGGUUUUUUGCGUCCAGUGUACAAUCUAGGGUGAAGGAUGAACUUUCACCUGCCUUGACAAAUGGUAAGGUUCAGAUUGCGGAAUAUGCUAGCCGGCUCCUCAAGGGUAAUAGCUCUGGUCAUAGAAACCAUCAGAAUCAGCACAUUCUAGCUUUACCAGCAGACAGCAUGACCCCAACAGAACCAAGUAACUUGUCUGCUCUCACCAGGAAAUUGGAUCAAGAAGCAUGUUACCAAGAUCUAACUAGGAUGAUAGUAAUGCAUGGUUAUCCCCUGUCAAUUGUGGAGCAUGAAGAAAUGAAAAGAUUUGCGAAGGGCCUCAAUCCUAUGUUUAACAUGGCUUCAAGCCUAGAUAUGGAAGAAUAUUCAACCCUUCUGUUUCAGAAAGAAAAGUCUGACCUUAAGGAGAAAAUUGCACUUUCGUCACAGCGAAUUUCGUUAUCAGCAAGUGUGUGGUUUCCUCACGGAGCUGAGCCCACCAUAAAGUACCUAUGUUUGACAGCGCAUUUUAUUGAUGCUGACUGGAAGCUUCAAAGGAGAAUAAUCAAGUUCGGUGUAUUUUGGUCCUCGCCUUCUAAUUUGGAAAGGAUUAUACACUAUAAGGAAGCAUGUGUGCUAGAGUGUGAGAUUGGGGCAUGUAAUGUCAUAUGGGAAGCUAUAAGAGAUUGGAAUCUUGACAGGAAGCUUUUCUGCUUGGCAUCUGUCAGCGAAAUAAGAAACGACGAAAGUAUCUCGAAGCUGAAGGACAUGCUCAUGCAGAGGAACUCUCUUCCUAUUAGAGGUCAGCUGUACAAUAUUGCUUGUGUUGAUGAUGUGCUUAACAGCGUUAUUUUACAAGGGCAACAAAUGCUUUACCUUGUUGGUGAUCUGCUUGAGAGAUUUAUCCAAGCAUGCGUAUCUUCAUCGCUGACUCGGCAGCAACUUCUAGAAGUUGUUAGUCAUGUUGGUUUGAAGUGCCCCCAUGAAGAUUCAAAAUGGUGGCACAAAAUUUACUUUAGACUCGAGGUACUUCUGCAUUACAAGAAGUCAUUUCCUUCUGAAGAAUUGGUGUCCCUGGAUGAAAUGAAAAUUGUUGAGCCUAUCUGCAAGAUUUUGAGGGUUUUUUAUCGAGUCAUUGAAGUAAUUUCUGGCUCUGUUUGCCUGACAGCAAAUAUGUACUUCCAUGAAGUAUGGAAAGUGAGGACUAUUUUGCAAGAAGAAGCAUCUACUGAACACACUGAUGUUGCUAGCAUGGUUAGAGAGAUGCAGGAGGCAUUCAAUGAAUAUUGGCAAAACUCGUACUUCUGGUUGUCCGUGCCUGUUGUUCUUGAUCCAAGAUUCAAAAUUACCUUUAUUGAGUUCCGUCUUAAACGAGCUUUUGGCGCUGAUGCAGCUAAGUAUGUAAAUGAUGUAACUGAAAUAACAAGGGAAUUGUUUCAUGAAUAUUGCACCUCUAUGGAUCAGUCGAAUAUUCAGACCUCAAAUUGUCAAGCUCACGAUGUCGAAAUGUAUGGAUUUGACAGUGAUUCAUUGGAAGAUUGGGAUCAGCAUCUUACUGCACAGACAAGGAGUCAACUAUUGUCAGAGCUUGACAACUACCUUGAAGAUGGCCUUGUUCCACGGAAGGAUGAUUUUGAUAUUCUAAACUGGUGGAUGAGUCAUUCAUCAAAGUAUCCAACCCUCUCAAUUAUGGCGCAGGAUGUAUUAGCAAUGCCAUGUUCUGCUGUUCAUUGUGAUGCAGCAUUCAGCAGUCGGGGGCCGGUGAUUCAUAAGCAAUGGAGCACAUUAAACAUCAAGACAAUUGAAGCACUUGUGUGUACCCGGGAUUGGAUUAGAUAGGCUGGCUACUCCCUCCGGUCGUAAUAAAUCGACGCGAGCUGUGCACAACGAAUAGCCUAGGUACGUAUGUUUGUCACGUCGAUUAAAGAUGACCAGAGGGAGUACAUGUUAUGCCACAGCACACUUUUUAUUGGAUGAAGGCUACGUACAUACCCGUCACUCACUGCUGUUCUAACAUAGGAUGCUAUUGGCUAAGCUGACUUACCUAUUAUUGUUCCACACAUGUUCUCGCAGCGACCCUGCUAUGUCUCAGAUAUUUCUGCAUAUUCUUCACCCCAGAUUUUUGGUUUCUGGGUGUUAUUCUUCAGGUGUACAUGCUAUGUUGUUUUCUGUGUUUAGACCUAAGGUUCUUGCCCAGUUGUGUGUGUGCGUACCGUGCCAAUGGUUUGGCACUGCUUUGACCUGGCCAGGAGGAACACUGUGAACUGCACAUGAAUCCAUCCGCUGUUCGAUUUACUAGUUACCAAUACUAGUAUGUUCUAUGGAUGUUGUCACUGUAUUAGAUAACCAUGUUGAUGGGUAAAACACAGCAUCAUGAGAUUCAAUUGAAUGCAUUGGAAUCUCUGACAGUGUUGUGCGUGUUACUUGUU